ACUUGGUUUUGAAGUACAUAUAUCCCACAAUUCAUAAGUUCCCGGAUAAGGAAGUUUCGUUCUGCACAAUGUGAAAGUAGAAAUGAUGGCUGUGUCCAAAAUAUUCAUUGUGUCACCUGUUCAUAGCAUUAUUGUAUCGCAAAGUUACAGAAAUGAUACAAGCGCUACAUGUAUUCAGGACUUUGUCCAGAAGUUGAAACAAGUGGCUACAUUGUUGCCGCAUUUUGUGAGCAAUGGGGUACAUUUCUAUUUCAUAAGGCGCAAUGAUCUGUAUUUUGUGGCAUGCUCAAAGACAGAAAUGCUGCCUGUCAUGGUGAUUGAAAUACUGAGCAGGAUCUACCAUAUUUGUAAGGAUUUUUGCGGUGUUGUAAGUGAGGCAUCUCUUCAAGCCAAUAUUCUGCUUGUAUACGAACUUCUACAGGAAAUAAUGAAUGAGGGUUACAUGCAACUAGAUGUCUCUUCAAAGAUUCAACCCUACAUUCAGUCUACGGCCAUUAUUGUUCAUAAGGAGAAGUCAACAGUUAAAGAUUUAACAUCCAGAGCGUUCGGUAUAGAUCAAGUGACGAGCCAAGUUUCUGCUGCAAACAGACCCAUUACCCAGACUGCAAGAAGCUCUGAUGGGAAGGGAUUCUACGUAGAUGUGGUUGAGAAAGUGGUGGCAACAAUAGCGGCAGAUGGUGCAGUGUCCAACAUGCAGGUGAAUGGAUCGAUCAUUGUUCGGAACUUUCUGGCAGAGUCCCAGCAGUUCAAAAUGGUUCUCAAUGAGGAUCUGGUCAUAGCAGAGCCCAAAGCAAAAGGAUACGGCAGUAAUGUUCAGCUAGAUGGCUGCUCCUUCCAUGAGUGUGUCAACCAUGAGGAGUUUGAAGCACAUAGAUAUCUCCUCUUUACUCCACCAGUGGGUGAGUUCACAGCAAUGACGUACAGCUCCAGUGGAGAACUCUGUUUGACUCAGCCUUUCACCCUGCGACUGUUUGUUGCUGAGAGGGAGGCUGGCAGCCGGGACGUGAAUGUUGUACUGCGACUAACCAGCAACUAUCCUCCAAAUAUUGUUGCCUCCAAGGUGUCUGUAAGGGUACCUGUGCUGUCCAGCAUUGCAAGUAUAUCCAGCAAGCUUUCUGCGGACAACCAGGCAUCAGAGUUUAGUAAGAGAGAAAGUUCAAUCAUUUGGACACUGAAAAAUGUACCAGGCAAGACGGAAUGCAUGGCAGACUUUAGAUUAAACAACCAGGGCUCCACAAUGGUAACACGUCGAGAUCUAGAUCCAGCCAUUCUUGACUUUGAAAUAUCGGGCUACACAUGCACUGGACUUGCCAUCAGACACCUGAAAGCACGUGGAAAAGAGAAGCAGAAGCAGCAACAACAACAGCAGCAGCAACAGCAGCAGUUCUUUGUGCGCUGUGUCACAGUUAGUGACUCAUACCUCCUGAGAACGUUCUGAUUACCGGGCAGAUUGAAAUAGAAUCAUCUACACAUAUGAUGAAUGGAUGUGUACUGUGCUCUCUGGAAAUAGGGCUUAAUGCAUUUUCGUAAAGGGUUGUUUCAGAUUAGCCUGUGCUGUUCGCAGAGGCUAAUCAGUCACGAUACUCUCCGCCCCUGGGUUUUUACUAAGAAGAGACUUCCUGUAAACAAAAACUACCAUAAAAGUGUGGUCUCUGUUUAGCUUUGAACACUGCACAGGCUAGUCUGGACAACACUACACACAUGCAUUAAACCACAUUUUCCCAAAAUGCCGCUACUUUGGUUUUAUUGUACUAAUGACACAGGGCUUUACAUUAAAGGUUGUUCAAAUUUAUGGGACAACCAAUUUUAUUUGGUUGUUACAAGCUAUAAAACUAUUUGCUACUCCAAAGUGAUAAGUAAAAUCUCUUUAAACUCAAAUAUUCACCUUCGUUCAAAGCGCUCAUGAUAAGCAUUUGUGAUCACCUUUGUCUUGUCGCCUCCGACCAGCAAUAACCGCAUAUACAAGAUUUUCAUUUAGAAGAAAUUUACUUUUUUUUUAAAUCCAUUAAAUUGGAAAUUUAUGCAUAUGCAUUAAGCCCCAUUUUCUCCAGGGCAAGGCUCUUUAACUUAGCCAUGGUUGAAGACCAUCGUAGGGCAUUGACAAAAUAUGUUAUUGUUUAGUUUCUUUCUAAACAGUUUGUCUAUAUAGGACAGUGAACACACAAUUGAAGUAUUUAUACAAUUUGUACAGAUGAGGAGGGAUUGUAUUGUUGUGCAUGCGGACACUAUGACUGUCAAGUGAUGUUGUUUGAUUUUUUUUUCAUUGACUUUUUAAUUAAAUUAUAAUUUCAAACAUAUUAUCUUAUUUUCAUUUAAUUGUUUGCAUAAUAUUGCUGUGAAAUUCAAUAUGGAAAAACGUGUGCACUAAAACUUUAAGCAUG